UGAUGCUACUAACUUCUGACGUCAAAGCUGUGCGCCAGCUUUACAAUAUACGAAGAAGCUGUGCAAUAGCUGCAAAACAAAAUAAGAAGUGACCAUGGUAAUGAAAUCAGCAGUUGAGGAUGAUGAUGCUGGCUGGGGGCUAGGCAUCCCAGAUAAGAUGAAGAACAAUGCCAACUGGGUGGAUAUUACACAUGAAUUCAAGUGUGCAUGCAAAGAACUGAACCUUGGGGAGUUGCUUCAUGACAAACUGUUUGGUUUGUUUGAGGCCAUGUCAGCCAUAGAGAUGAUGGAUCCCAAGAUGGAUGCCGGAAUGAUUGGAAACCAGGUCAACAGAAAAGUGCUGAACUUUGAACAAGCUAUUAAGGAAAGUGCCAUCAAGGUUAAAGACCUUACUCUUCCUGAACUUAUAGGGAUCAUAGACACGUGUUUCUGUUGUUUGAUCACAUGGCUGGAGGGACACUCCCUGGCACAGACUGUCUUCACCUGCCUUUACGUCCACAACCCUGACCUUAUUGAGGAGCCGGCCCUCAAAGCCUUUGCCCUCGGCAUCCUGAAAGUGUGUGACAUUGCACGAGAGAAAGUCAAUAAGGCUGCUGUGUUCGAGGAGGAGGAUUUCCAGGCCAUGACUUAUGGCUUCAAAAUGGCCAAUAAUGUAACAGACCUGCGAGUGACAGGAAUGCUAAAAGAUGUGGAGGAUGAGUUGCAGAGGAGAGUGAAGAGCACACGGAGUCGACAGGGUGAGCAGCGGAACCCAGAUGUUGAGCUGGAACAUCAGCAGUGCUUGGCACUUUUUAACAGAAUCAAAUUCACACGCCUUCUACUGACUGCACUGAUUGCCUUCACCAAAAAAGAGACCAGCUCAGUGGGUGAGGCCCAAAAACUUGUGGCUCAGGCAGCUGACCUCUUAUCCGCUAUUCAUUCCAGUAUCCAGCACGGCAUCCAGUCACAGAAUGACACCACUAAAGGAGACCAUCCCAUCAUGAUGGGCUUUGAGCCCCUGGUCAACCAGAGACUGCUGCCACCUACCUUUCCUCGCUACGCCAAGAUCAUUAAGAGAGAAGACAUGGUGGCCUACUUCAGCAAACUUAUAGAGCGAAUCAAGACCGUCUGUGACGUGAUCAACACCACCAACCUACAUGGCAUACUGGAUUUCUUCUGUGAGUUCAGUGAGCAGUCUCCCUGUGUCCUCUCCAGAUCUCUGCUCCAAACAACGUUCCUGAUCGAUAAUAAGAAAGUGUUUGGCACCCACCUGAUGCAGGAUAUGAUUAAAGAUGCUUUGAGAUACUUUGUCAGUCCACCUGUCCUCUCCUACAAGUGCUGUCUGUUUAACAACCAUCAGGCUAAAGACUACAUUGACUCCUUUGUAACACACUGCUCCAGACCAUUUUGCAGUCUGAUCCAGAUCCAUGGACACAACCGAGCUCGACAAAGAGACAAACUGGGUCACAUUCUUGAGGAGUUUGCCACGCUACAGGAUGAGGCAGAGAAGGUGGACGCAGCGUUGCAUAGCUUACUGAUGAAACUUGAGCCUCAGCGACAGCAUCUGGCCUGUCUCGGCACAUGGAUCCUCUAUCAUAACCUCAGGAUCAUGAUCCAGUACCUGCUGAGUGGCUUUGAACUGGAACUGUACAGCAUGCAUGAGUACUAUUACAUCUACUGGUACCUGUCAGAGUUCCUUUACGCUUGGCUGAUGUCCACCCUGAGCAGAGCCGACUCCUCUCAAAUGGCAGAGGAGCGGAUUCUGGAGGAGCAGCUUAAAGGACGCAGCAGCAAAAAGACUAAGAAGAAGAAGAAAGUUCGUCCUCUCAGCAAGGAGAUUACCAUGAGUCAAGCAUACCAGAACAUGUGUGCUGGCAUGUACAAGACCAUGGUUGCACUGGACAUGGACGGAAAGGUACGUAAGCCUCAGUUUGAGCUGGACAGCGAGCAGGUCCGCUACGAGCAUCGCUUCGCCCCCUUCAACAGUGUCGUCACCCCCCCACCUGUGCACUACAUCCAGUUUAAGGAGAUGUCCGAUCUAAAGAAGUAUAAUCCUCCGCCAGGCUCGGCUGACCUCUACCUGGCAGCUAGCAAACACUUUCAGCAAGCCAAGCUUAUCCUAGAAAAUGUGUCCAGCCCAGAUCCUGAGGUGAACCGUAUACUGAAGGUGGCCAAACCCAACAUAGUGGUUAUGAAGCUCCUAGCUGGAGGGCACAAAAAGGAGACUAAGGUGCUCCCUGAAUUUGACUUCUCAGCACAUAAGUACUUCCCUGUGGUCAAGAUAAUCUAACUCUGCAUCAGAGGAUGACCAUUUCUGUGCAUCCAAAGUCAAUCCAGUCAUUGUCUGUGUGUGUGUGUUUGUGAGAGAGAAAGAUACAGAUACAUCUAAAUCUAACUGUAACUGCAAAACUGUGUAAAACAUUCUUGAAAUGCCCAGAGAAACCCAACUACAAAAGUAACACCUGGACCUAAAUGGGUGACCUUAUCCAUAUCUGUGUGUGUGUGUGUGUGUGUGUAUACGGACAGACACAAGUUGAGGUUGCCUCCAGAGCAGUUUUGUUAAGCCUUGAAAUAUUACUGAACUGACAUUGGGUGCAUAUUAUUAAAUGAUUUUAAAUGUU